AUGCCUGGCGGCGCUCUCACCCGCCGCACUCGUCGACCUGCAGGCAAACGUGCCGGCGAAAAAUCAAGGCUCACCAAGCCACAAUAUGUGCCCAUCGGGAGUGGCGAAAAACCGCAUCUUCCCACAACAAACAAACCUCCCCAGAACGGGCAUGUACUUCCCAAGAAAACCCGCAACAAACCCCUUCCGCCCAUCCCUCCCGAGGCCAAAACAACUUUUCAAAAAGGCGAACUCUGGCAUGCAUUCAAAUGGGAGCUCGACCGGCAUGAUCCUUAUUUGAAAUACAUCAUUGAGCAGAUGCACAAGGCUCCAGAUAAGACUAGCAAGGAUUAUCUGGCGAGGGUGGGCGGGGUGAGGCAGUUGAGGAGGGACGUGUUUGAACUGGGAGAAAGUGGGAGACAUGCUCUUGUGGGGUCAAGAGCUAUCAUGCGAUUGGCCGAAAGAACCUUGAUGGUAAUAAGAAACAUGUACAAACGAACGUUAAGCAUGACUCCCAACGCGGAUGGCACUCCCAUUUCACCUCCUGUCCUGAAAUUCAUAAGAGACCUGUCCAACGAGUGUAAAAGAACCUCGCUACCGAUCAAAGUGAGCAACACCAUGACUUUACGGCGAAACAUGGAAAAACGGUAUCUCGAUUCCAUCGAAAAACGUAUACUGGAAAUGAAUACGAGACUAUCGCAUAUAGUCUAUAGGCUGCAGCUCAGGGACAAGAUGAUAUAUCAACCCGACCAGUGGCCAGUAGAGGCGGUCAUCACUUGGCGAGCAGAAAUUCAGGAGGCUAGAAUGGGUCAGGAGGGCCCAGAGGCCCAGAGAAAGACUCGCAAGCAGAGAUGUGUCAUCCAGUGA